AUGUCGAUGAAUGAUGAUAUGUUUGAUGUUCAAGAAAACGACGAAGAAAUGUUAGAUGGAAAUGAAGAAGAAGAAGAGGAAGAUAUAGAAGACCAAGAUAUGGAGGCACCCGAAGAUGAUGCAGAGGAAGAGGCAGAAGAAGAGGAGGAGGAAGAUGAUGAUGAAGAAGAAGAGGAAGAAGAGGAAGAGGAUGGUGAGGAGGAGCAAGAAGAAACAGGUGAAGGUGAUGGAGAAGUAGACGGAGAGGGAGACGAGAAUGAUGAAGAUGACGAAGAGGAAGAGGAGGAGGGCGAAGAAGAAAACGAAGACGAAGAAGAAGAAGAAGAAGAAGGAGGAGGAGGAAGAGGAGGAGAAGUAGUCACUAAAAGGGAUAAUGAAGAGAGUCAAGAAGAUGGCCCUAAAAUAUCUAUUGAUAAGAGAAAGGAUGUAACUGACGACAUAGCGAUUGAGAGUGACGAUAUGCGAAAAGAAGACAAUAUUUCUGCUGUUAAAGGCGAAACCGAGGAGAAAGGUGACAACAUAACCGAUAAUAAAGACAGAAAUCCUCUGCUAACGGGUUCAAAGUCUAAGGGAUCUGUCAGAGAAGACAUGAUGUUGAAAGCAAAGAACUGUGCAGAUUUUGACAUCAUUCCUUCGGUUUCUAUACCAUAUACCUCACAAUGCCAUGCCAUAGCUUUUACUUAUGGACCUAAAUGGAUCCUUACUGGAGGUGAAGAUGGUUUCAUAAGAAAAUAUGACUUCAUUGCAUCGGUAGAAGGCAAAUCGCCUCUAACUAUGGCCCAGAAACAUAAUUUAGUUGAUUCAAUCACAAAGGCUGGUGUGAUAUCAUCUUAUUGGGAGAAUGAACAGCCAGUGACUAAGCAACAACUAAUGAAAGAAAACCCAAAAAUUAAAUUAAGUGAUUUUACUUCUGGUACCGUGAAUUAUGAACCUAAAGUGAACCCUGUUUAUGCGCUUGAUGCAGAAAAGAAUGGAAAUUGGUGUUUGAGUGGCGUUUUAUCGGGAGGGAUCAGCUUAUACACUAUGAGGUAUAAUGAAGGAGCAAUUCACCAUUACUUCAUGCAUGAUUCCAAGAAGAACUUCAAAAACAUAGGACACACUGAUGCUGUUUCUGUUUUGAAAUUGAAUACUGCUCAAGAUAAGUUUUUAUCUGGAUCUUGGGAUAAAACUAUAAGACAGUGGGAUCUAAACACAGGAAAAUGUACAAAUGUUUUUACCGGUAGCUCUGGCCAAAUUUCGAGUAUUGAAUACAGACCAUUGGGAUUAACUGAUUUGGACAUUUAUACCUACGACGAUGAAAAUGCUGUGACAGAGGAUAAAGAAGCCAAUGACCAGAAAAGUGAUAUUGACUCGCUAUUUGGCGAUAGUGACAACGAAAAGGAGAAUGGAAAUGGACGCAAAAUCGCAGAAACGAAGGAAAAGGCUAUUCCAAAGAUAAACCAUGAUUCUUCAAAGGUAUCAAAUCAAAAAUAUAGUAAUGAAAAUGUCUUUAUGAGCUCAAGUAUAGAUGGUACUAUAAAUAUCUGGGAUGCAAGGACUUCAAACCCAGUAUUGAGAUUAGGAGUAUCAAAAGGUACUCCCCCUUGGUGUAUGUCAGCAAAAUGGUCUAAUUGUGGAGAGUUCAUCUAUGCUGGAAGGAGAAACAGUACUGUCGAAGAAUUUUCCAUCAAGAAGCCUCAUAUAAGAUCGAAAUUAGGUCAUGCGGAUACAAUGGUGCCCAAUGUUUCAAAAGUUCUACACUUCCCCAAAAUAUCUGGUCCUGUGAGCGCAAUAUCAACUAUGCCCAACAGUGAUUUUCUCUUAUGUGGUUCCACUGAUAACAUCAGAUUAUACAAUCUUAAACUAUAUAAUGAUUUAUCUAAUGGAUCCGUUUCAAACACCAAGAAGCCCGCAACACCGUUUACGAUUAUACCUGGUCAUCAUGGAGGUAUACUAAGUAACCUUUACGUUGAUGAAACAGGAAGAUUUAUGGUAAGUGCCAGUGGUAAUAGAGGUUGGGGAAGGUCAAUUUACACCGAAACUGUACUAAUAUACGAAAUUGAUAUGAAAUAA